CCUACUUUCAGUCCUUUACAGUUUUGCUCCUCACUUUUUGGGUCAAGGUGUUACAAUGCAUAGAGGAUAGAAACCUUACCAGCCAGUCAUCAACCAUCUCACUUGAUAUGCAAGCUGUCAAUAUAAAGGAACUGGAGGAGGAGAUUGCCUGCAUGCGUGCAUCAUGGGAUAGUUUUCUGACAGAGGCAACUGCUAUUGCCACGUCCAUGGGCAUCAAAUCCCAGUUAGAAAUGAGACAGAGAAAGAGGAAGCGUUUCUUUGAGGAGUCAGAAAAGCAAGGGACAGAGGAGCAAAGCCCAGAGACCCUAUUCAGAGAUAGAAUGUUUCAUGUUGCAAUGGACGGCAUAAUCUCUCAACUACAUGUCCGGUUCUCAUCAAUGCAGCAGAUAUGUGACGAGUUCUGCGUCCUGGGGAAAUUCAGAGAUAUACCACAGGACAGCAUCAGCGCAUCAUCCUCAAAGCUCUCUGAGAAAUAUAAGAAUGACCUCACAGAGUCCCUUGAAGACCAAAUUCAGCACUUAAAGAAAAUAUAUAGUGCAACUUUUGAAGACGGUCUUGGACCUCUGGACCUACUUAAUGCCAUAUACACAAUGGGACUACAGAGCAUUUAUGGAGACCUGUGUGUCCUGCUGCGUAUUUUCCUGUCUCUGCCUGUGGCUGUGGCUGGAGGUGAGCGGGCCUUCAGUAAAAUUAAGAUAAUAAAAAACUACUUGCGCUCUAACAUGUCACAGGAGAGGCUCACUGGUUUGGCAAUGCUCUCCAUAGAGCGUCAACUUGCCAAGAAACUGGACUUUAAAGACAUCAUAGAUGAUUUUGCCACAAGGAAAGUUCGGCGCAUGGCAUUUGCAGUUCAAAUCUAAAAAUGUCACACCAGCAGUACCCUAAAAUACAAUGAGAAAGGUGUGAGGAGAGGAAGAGCAAAGGAGAG